AUGAGCAAACACCUAUCCCAAGACGAGUUCUUCACCGCCCUCACAGCCCUCUUCACAACCCAAAAACAAUCCCAAAAGGGCACCAUCCUCCUCACCCAAAAACGCUACUCCUACGACGAAUCAGCAAAAGAAACCCUAUCAGAACAAGAACAUGAAGAAACCCUCACCACCACCCCCCUCCCCCAAGCCCCAAUCCUAAUCCGCGCCUCCAACUCCAAGUCAAAAGAGGCCCGCAACGAGGGCAAAAAAGUCAAGCUCUCCACCAUCAUCCAGCCCGACGACCUCGACUCCUUCUACGCCCGGUACGCCGACGUCUGCAAGGCGGGCAUGAGCGGGCUCAAGCCGAGGGACAGGACCAAGCGCAAGGCCAAGGAGAAGGCGAGGAGGAAGAUGAAGACUCAGGCGUAG